AUGCACCCCUACUCCAGGGUCGGUGGUGGUUAUGGGAGAAUGGGACUGAAACCCACUAAAACCCCAAGGGCUCGUCAUUGUGCAGAGUUAAAUGAAGAACGACUAAACGUUCUCUAUGAAAGAAACUGGACCAGACUAGUCCACGAGCAACUUCGGAAGUUCGAGUCUUCCAUCGUAACGGCUGCGAGGCAAGCUGACUCACGUUCGUCAGAACUUGUACUAGAGUCCAAAUGGACUUUCUCAGGGGCGCUCAUAUAUUGCAUUACACUGAUAACUACGAUAGGUUAUGGAAAUGUUUCACCAAGAACUGCUGCUGGUCGUGCGGCAACAGUAGCGUAUGCAGCUGCCGGCGUGCCACUAGCAUUGGCAUGUCUAGCAGGACUUGGUGCGUCUCUAGCGCGAUUAGCAAGAAUGGCUUGGCUACGAGCAACUAAAGAUAAAGUACCGAAUACUUGGCGAAAGGAGGAGAUGGAAAAUCACUUUCAAUUACACGAGCAACAACGUCUUUUGCCACAGCCGAUAGAGAACAAUCAAUACACGUCAUUUCCACCUCGGACGCAUAGAUCACCUGGGAUGGUGAAAGCAAGAGCUGGAGAACGUGGACAGUACUCUCAGGUGUUCGAAAAAGCUCCAGCUAGUCCUCGAUCAGCGACUUUGGGACGUGUGAAGCGUAGUGCUAUUGUAGACGAGCCUCACACCUCAUCGUCAUUACAAACUCAAACGUUAGAUAGAAAGAAAACCUUAGGAAACACAAAAUGUAUGGCGACAGUGCAUAGUCCUGGAAGAAGUAUGGCACGAGGGAGAGUGAUCCAAAGACCUAGAGGACCUGUAAUAGAACAACUAAUUGCUGAGGAGUGUAGAGAAUCAUUACAUAAUAGAAGUCAAGAAGAUUUAGAUGAUUCAGAAGAUGCAGAUGAAUCGAUAUGUCCCCAUGACACCCCAUCAAGAGUGCCUUUAAUAUGGAAUGAAGAGAACCACAAGCAGAAGACCUGUGCAGUGCCCAACAGCAGUACUGCUCAUACCAUUCAGCAUCACCUUCAUAGCAUCGAACACUGUCAUAUACCCAUUAGUAUUGUCCUAUUCCUCUUGCUGGGCUACAUUUUUAUCGGCGCAGCGAUCUUCUCCACCUGGGAAAACUGGAGUUUUCUUGACGCCGCCUACUUUUGUUUCAUAGCGUUAGCGACGAUCGGUUUCGGUGACUUCGUUCCUACAAGCUUUCUUAUAUCAAAACCAAACGUCGAGUAUUCAAGAAGCGAGUAUAUUCAAAUGAUCGCUUGUUGUGCGUAUUUAGUUUUUGGACUUAUAUUAAUAGCUAUGUCGUUCAGUCUUCUCCAAGAUGAGGUCGUGGCGAGAUGUUCACAAUUAGCGAACAGCUUGGGUCUGUCUCGUCAAUGA